UUGUCGACGGUUGACCCAAAUUAAGCACCAUCUUGCCCAAGCUAAGUUCCGAAAGAUAAUCCUAUGCAGCGACUUGAUUUGUGAUAAAUCAACCAGCAGUUACUUAUCUCUCUUCAAAAAAAAAGUAGCAGAGGUAUCGCAGAAAGCCUACCGACCCGACUCCGGGCCAUGUCAGGGAACAGCCCCGAGGCGGGGGGCACGCCGGCGGGCACCGUUGAACCGUACGCGCGGCAUCAUAGGUUCAGCGCGCGCGUCCUGCUCACGACCGUCCUCAUCCUCUUCGCGCUCACCCUCGUCUUCGUCUUCAUCCGCCUCCUGCUGUACGCCUUCGUGCCUCGCUCCGGCGGCCGCGGGGGCCUCGGGGCUGGCAUCCUGCGGUCCAUCAACUCGUUCGGCAGAAUCGGCAGCCGGCGCGGGCUGGACGCGUCCGCGCUCUCCGCGCUGCCGGUCACGGCGUACCGUAAGAAGGAGAGCGCCGCUGGCGCGUCCGCCGGUGGAGGGCCUGACUCCGACUGCGCCGUGUGCCUGUCGGAGCUCACGGACGGGGACAAGGUGCGGGAGCUGCCCAACUGCGGGCACGUCUUCCACGUCGACUGCGUCGACGCGUGGCUGCGGUCCACGACCACGUGCCCGCUCUGCCGGGCCGAGGCGGAAUCGGGGGCCAAGGCGGAGGCGGCGCAGUCGUCGGCAACGGAGCCGCCGCCGCAACCGGCGUUGUUUGGUGCAGGAGGGACCUUGAUCGUGACCGUAGAUGGCUUUCCGGAUGGCCAGAGAGCCGCCCACGGGGAAACGUCGGGCCUUCGUCAAAUGGUAUCUUCCCAUACCUAGGUCUACAGUCGCAGGUGGGAUUUCACUCCAGGAAAAUGCUGCAGGGAAAUCGAAAAGAAGGGUAUGGUGUAACACACUCACAACUCCAUGUACAUACUGAUGAUAAAUCAGAAUUAGCUUAGAUUGGGAAUGCAAGCGAUGUGAUUCUUUGCUACGGUAUAGCGCUAUAAAAUCAUAAAAGGUGUAAACGACUGCUCGCAGUGUGCGCUGUAGUAUGCACCACUUUUUCAAUAGUGAAAUAUGUGCAACUUCGAGA